CGCACUUAAAAACUCACACAAAACUAACUAUAAGUAACGUGUUGUGAUCUGUGAACGUGUUACAAGUUUCUCUAGUGAAAACUUACGAUUAGUUAACGAAAAGUACAUUUAACUAUUUAUAGAUACGUUAGACUAGUGUUUGGUGACUGUUUGUAUAAUUUGGUAGCGGCCUUGUACGUUAUCUUGUAUCGUGCCGGUGAAAGCUUUCACGCUCCCCGUCUUUUCGGUUUCAGUUUAUGUUCAGAAUGUGAUUUUUGUGUAGUGUAAUAACUCGAUGUAUUCGAGUGUAGCCUUAUAUGAGUAACAAAAUACAGUAACGAUGUGCCUUAUCGUGUAAUAAUCGCGUGUUCGUGAGAAUAGUGUUUGCGUUCGUUGUGUGCGCGUGAUUCACUGCCUGAAAGAUGCAAUGUGUCAAGCUUGUGCUGUUUCUCGCGCUUAUUGUGUUCCCGGAACCUGUUCCCGCGUGGAGAGGUGACAUAGUCAAAGCAUGGGCGAAUACCCUAGGGAAUGAACUGUGGCGUCUCAGUGAGGCUCUAACAAAGUCAGACCAAAUAAGAAUCAAAUACAAACAAAUGAACGCGAGCGUAAAGAAGAAAGAUGGAAAGCAUAUAUUGGAUUCUUCCCUAAGUUCCGUGAGUACAAUGCUCACGAGAAAAAUCAAAGCCGUUAAGUGUAUCCACGCAACGGCUCAGAAAUUAGCUAGAGAGUUUAACUACACCGCCGCUGAGGAUGAAAAUAAUAAUUUCUCGUACUGUUCAGCUAAAUAUUCGCAAUUUAGUUACGAAGACGGUACGAUAGUAGAUGACAGCGAUAAACCAGGGUCUUAUAUACCUAAAUUUGCUGUAAAUAAUACCAAUUACAUGGAUGUCUCACUAGAGAAAGAUUCGCAUUUUUAUGACAUUAGUGUCAAUACAAACAUUAGCUGUGUGCAUGUUCCAACAAAUAUAUUUUAUAAAGAAAGCAAACCGCUCACUGCAAUUUUAUGGUCUAAGGAUCUCAAUGAAAUAUUCACAAAAAAUUAUCAAUCUGAUCCGUCUCUCUCAUGGCAAUAUUUUGGAAGCUCACAUGGUAUAUUAAGGUUUUAUCCUGGAAUGCCCUGGAACAAGAACGAAGUAGAUACUUAUGACUGCAGAGUUAAACCUUGGUACAUUGAAGCUGCAACUUGUUCUAAAGAUGUUAUCAUCCUGUUUGAUGUAUCAGGGUCAAUGACAGGGUUCAAAAAUUACGUAGCAAGGAGAACUUUACAUUCUCUUUUGGAUACUUUAUCGAACAACGACUACGUCAACGUAUAUACUUUCAAGAAUACUACUGCAGAAGUAAUAGCAUGCUUUAAAUAUCUGGUGCAAGCAACACCGGAAAAUUUGAAAACAAUCAAAGACAUUCUAGAACCAACUGACGAUGGGAAGACGCAUAAAGUACCUUUAGAAGGUAACGCCAACCUAACUGAGGCUUAUAUAAAAGCUUUCAGUACGUUGAGACAGAGAAGAGAAGAGAUGAGAUGCAAUGUAAGCAGUACACAAGGCUGUAAUCAACUGGUAAUGGUUAUCACAGAUUAUGUACCUGGAAAUCUCACUGAAGUUUUUGAGGAACAUAAUCGAGAGGUGGUAGGUGGCAACACUUACAUACCUGUGAGAGUAUUCACUUACCUAAUUGGGAAAGAAGUGACAAACGUACGGGAGAUACAAUGGAUGGCAUGUCUGAAUAGAGGUUUCUUCGUACAUAUUCAUUCUGUGGAGGAAGUACAACAACAAGUAUUGAAAUACAUCAACGUUAUUGCCCGCCCUAUGAUUCUUGAAGGCGAGAAGCCACCGCCCACUUGGACGCAUGCUAAUAUUGACUAUACGCGAACAACCAUAUGGGACGUAAGCGAUGAUGCUCUACAGCCAGACGAGGACAAACUGGUGACAUCAGUGGCCAUCCCAGCAUUUGACUUCAAAUAUAACGAGGAGAAUAAUGAUGCUAUGUUGCUUGGAGUGGCUGGGACUGACGUGCCCAUAGAUAGCAUCGCGAAACUUGCACAACCUCAUCAGCUUGGAGUCAAUGGAUAUUCUUUUAUUGUGAGCAACAAUGGUUAUUUACUCCUGCAUCCAUUAUUGAAAACUACUAUUAAUGAUAAGUUACAAGACAACUACAACAGUGUAGAUUUCGUGGAAGUGGAGCAGGUGGAUGAUGGAAAGGGUGCUCGGGAGCUCGGGGACGAGAUCAAGAGGUUGAGAGAAAACCUCGUGGAUGGCGUCAGCGGCGACAUGAGGGAGGUCAAAGUGCUUUUCCACUAUGACGACAUGAGGAGAAUAGCUCGAGUGAAACACGAUUAUUUCUUCAACCAAUUGGAAGGCACACCUUUUUCUAUGGGUAUAUCCUUACCUAAGGGGUAUGGUGACACGGAAUUGUUAUUGAAGGAUAAUCCUCUGGAGGCCAAAGAAGGGAAAGAAUUGACAGGUAUCAACGUUACUGAUUAUUUCAGAUUCAGCUACAGAGUACAUCCUGAUUGGGUAUAUUGCAAGUAUCAUUAUUUAGAAGGUCACGAAUCAAAGAAUGCCGAGGAAGAGAUUUGGAAGUUUUUAGUGAAUUUGUCAAAGAAUCAAAUUGAUAUUACAAAGAAACAAUAUAUAGAGGAGGACGAGACGGAUACUGAUUUUGACGUCGAAACCCAUUGCGGUAACGCCACAACGCAACUUGGUAAAGACGACUAUUACUGCAAUGAAGAUUUGGUCAAACAAUUGGUAUUCGAUGCCAAAUUGACAACUCCUUAUUUCAAAACAUGGGCAAGAAGUGAUGAAGAACACGAACUUGCGAGGAAGUACAAUGUUAGCGUCCGUUUCAUUGCGACCUCAAGCGGUUUGACAAGAUGGCAUUAUAUUUUUGAAUCAGAUAAGAAUGAAAUAGUUGACGAGUUUGGGAACAGAGUAAAAAAUUUCACAAAAAAAGUUUUUGGAGACAAAAAUAAUCUUGCUAUCGAGGAAACCUGGUAUAAAGCAGCGGUGCUUCAGCAUAUGAUCAACAAAGAAUCGGUGGUAAUAGCUACACCUUUACCUAUUUUGGACGAGAGCAUCAAAAAAAGACCAUCCGUGCUGAACAAAGACGGAGAUAUAACAAUGACGUCAAGUUAUGCUAUUUUUUACAAAGACGGUGAAUCUGAGACCCCAGCCUCGGUUGUCGGUUUCCAGUAUUCAUAUUUGAAAUUUCAAGAAAGAUUCCAAGAAAUAACUAACAAAACAUCGGAUCAGGAGUUUACAUGCAAUGGAGAUGAUUAUGAUUGCUAUGUGAUAGAUAGUUCUGGUUAUGUAGUAUUAUCGAGGCAAAAAGAACAAAUUGGACAAUUCUUCGGAGUCUUAGAUUCGAAUACGAAACACGUGCUGCAGUCGUUUAUAGAUAAAUCUGUAUUUGAACACGUGGAAGUUUUCAAUUAUCAAGCUUUGUGUCCUUACUAUAUGCUGAAACAGCCAAACAGUGCCUGGACGCCGUCGACGCCUUUUAAUGUAGCAACGAAUUUCAUACGUUGGUUAUUAGCAGAAACUGCGUUGAUUUUAUCUGAUAUAUUUAAUUGGAAUUGGAAGAUAUACGCAAUUGAUGAUGACUAUAUCGAUCUAAUCAACCAAGGGCCUACAGAGGCCACAACGUCGACCACACCGCCACCAUCAGAAAAUGAAACCAUACCAGCUCAAGAGGAAGAAGACAAGCCAUUUUCCUGUGAUCACCGCAUCAGUCUUUACAUAUUAAAACAAGAAUUCAUACUAGAAAGUAUGGGCGCGUUGCGAGUAGUUUAUGAGGAUCGACCCAGCGCUUGCUACCCUGCCUAUUGGGCGUCCCAUGUAUCUAAGACAAACUUAUUACUGGUUGUGGUGGAAAGCGGGAUGAGGGAAUAUGGAAGGAACUGCAGCAUCCCACCAGAUACCAAGCCGCAGCCAACUGUUGAUUCCACUACCAGUCGAGAGCCUUGCCACAAGUUAGAUUUGGGACAUUUGAAACGCCGACGGCUGGAAGGAUGUUUCACUUAUCAUAUAGGGGAAAGAAAUAUAACAGCUUGUGGUAUCGGCAGCACGACCCGAGUGGAUACACUAGUAUUCUUGACCACAACGCUCCUUGCGGCGUUAGCAUAUGUAAUGCACUCCUGAUGACCACACAAUUGUUACAUACGACACAUAUUUGUACCUUUGUUACUUUCGCAAUAAAAUUG